AUACUGAAAAGACAGAAACUACUUAAAAAUUAAUUUUUGCAUUGCUUCUUUUAAAAAAGCUAAGUAUGAAAAAGUGUCCAUAUAUAAUCAUAUAUAUUCCGGAAUUCCAGAAACAUUUUUCCCGGGCCUAGUUUACCCUAAUAAAAAAACAGUGAUAUAAUUUUAUAAAUGCAGUAUGCUACUGACUCCAUUAAAAAAAAAUGUUGAUAACGUCGAUUAACAGAUGAUAAUGCAAUUAAUAUGCAAUAUUGAUCCUUUCUCUAGAAUGUUACUUGUAAUUAGAAAUUCUAAAAAAUUUUUUAAAAACUCAAUUCUGAUUCUAUUAAUGCCUAUCAGCUCGUCACAAUUUAAUAUUGUUGUUUAAAAUGUGUAAUAACAGUUGAAAAAUAGCACAUCCUCGGUUAAUUACAAUUAGCGAUGACUGACAUUAUUGAUAUAUGCAAACAUACAGAAAUUGAAUCACCGGACGCGGCCUACGGUGUCACAAGUUAUAAACGAGAGAACGGUUCCCACGCACCAACCGGCAUUUAAAUUCGCGUAAAAAAUAUAUGUCCGCGAGUCAGCGGUUUUCCGAGCGAUUUAACGAGAUGCGAACGCUGGAACGAACGAGGAAGCGGGGUGUCGUUUCACGCGAAGCAGAGAUGCGCAACGAAUUUGCGACGCAAGUCAGUAACUUACGUUGUUGAUUCCGCUAAACGCCCACCCCACGAUAUAUGGCAAAUAAGCUACUUUCGCGUGCAAUUUUCGUUUUACUUUGUCACACACAUGUCGUAACAUAAUCUAUCGAUCGUGAUUCUCACGACGAUAAAGUUUGAAGCGCUCGAAGCGAGGGAAUUGUCCGAAAAAUAAUGCAUGAGCUCGAACUUGACUUGCUGUGACCUAGACCGAAAUAAUCUUACAAUUAGAUUACGUCAAGCAACGUUCCGGCAUAAAGAAAAUUUCGACACAAUUGUAAGAGUUUUGAGAAAGUAAAGAAAAAAAAAAAAGAUUAAACGUAUUAGAAUUAAAGAAAUAAUUAUAUGCAUAUUAUAAUUAUUAUGUAUCACGUAAUAACGAUUUUGAUCAAUUUUAUGUUGAAGAACAAUGGCUGCGUUCAGCAGAAAAAGCAGCUUUGCAACUGUUGUAAAAUUCUUCAACACUACUGGUUUAUACGUUUGGAUCUAACAGGAACUAAGAGCAAGGACCAAUCGUGUUGAAGAAUUUUACAACAGUUGCAAAGCUGCUUUUUCUGCUGAACGCAGCCAAUGUCGACAGUACUUCGCCAUUCUUUCCGUAUGAGUACAUUAUUACGCAAUUUUCUGUCAACGCGACAAAAACAAUCGAUACAAAGCCUUUCGUUUCAUACUAUCGUUGUAUUCUCGCAAAAGGAUAUCGCGCAUAAGACUUCCAUGUUUCUCGAAGGCUAUCCUGACAUGUUUGAAAGAACACAAGGGAAUGAUUAAUAUUUUAAUUCCUUCUUAAAAGUAUAUAAAAAUAAUUUUUUAUAACAAGAAGUACAGACUACUAAGAAAUAUAGUGCGGUUAAAGAAACGCAAUUAACUUAUAAAAUAUUAUUUUAUUGAUAAAAAUUGCAACUUACUUUUUGAAAUUAUUAUCAGUAAACUAUUCAGCUUACAAGAGCAUUCUCUCUCUCUCUCUCUCUCUCUCUCUCUCUCUCUCUCUCUCUCUCCCCCUCCCCCUCUCUUUCUCUCGGUCCUAUAUCGUUGAAUCAUUUCCGGAUUACAAAAUCCAAACGUCUAACACACAAGAAAAAGAAAACUAAUCUUCCAUUUAAUAAUUUUAAUAAUUUUCAAAUUUUUUACAAAAUUGUAAAACUAAUAAAAAUCAUUUCGGUCACCGAAAAACAACGUAUGUAUAAAGUGUUAAAUAUCGUGGCGAAAAUAGAUAAUCUUGAAAUAUAAAACAAUUUCUAGACAAAGUUUUUGUAAAUUUUAUGAAGUUAUGUCCAAAUUACAGUGAAAAUUGAAAAUAUAUAGCCCGCGUGAUGGCAGCUGCAGGGAUUUGAGAUAAAGCUUAUUUUACAAUUCAAUACUCGCAGUGACAAACGCAUGUGACGUAGUGGAGGCACGGCAUCAACGCGACGCCUUCGUCACGCAUCGAAAAUAAUUCAAACAUGGACUUUGUACCGCGUUCUUUACGAGCUCGGCGACGUUCAUUCUCUCGCGAUACGAGUUUGUCUUGUUGGUAGAUUUUAAGACGCACAAGAGCAUGAGAUGUGAUUGUUGGACUAUGUACUGAAACUUUCAAUUUGUUUGUUACGUAAAUUGCUUUAACAGGAUUUGAUCAAUCAGAUAGCAUAUAUAAUUCAUUUACAAAAUUAAAGCAAUAGAUAGAACGUCUGCUGAUCCCUGAACACACAAUGCCUGUCUCUCCCAAGUUUGCGUUUAAAAAAAAUGAGGAAGCUUAAAGUCCGCAGAUCGUUUCCUCAAUUGACCGAAUACAGAGAAUAUACUGCAUACACACAGAUGCAUUAAUUUCUUCCGUAUAAUUGCUUGUUUAAGUUCAAUAACGGAUCAACCAGUCGCGUUUAAUAUUCAAUAGACGCCGGUCCGCAAAGUAAAACGAUCGGACAAAGUCUGCGAGUCGCGCUACGUCGCGUUCUCUGAACUCGGAAUCCUACUCUCUCCGUUUAUUUAGUCUAUACUCAUCCAUAUUUAUCAAUAAUUUAUACCGCGAUAGCGAGUAUAUGAUAUAUGCUAUCGUAUUAGCAUUGCGAUUUCCGAUUACUUUUGCGGUCCCUCGUGUCAGGUUGCAGCCAAGCAGCAGCACAAACGAUGCCGAGCCGAUAGAAAUGACCAACAACAUAUCGAAAUGUGUCAUUAAAGCGUCGAGAUGUUAAUCAUUACAAUCGCGAAUUAAGACGUUUUCCGAGCCUCUCCUCCCGAUAUUGGCAAGUCACCAGAGCCGGCCAAAGUUCUCUCCCUCGUCCACGGCGUUCUAUUUCGGUGUCCGGCCGUGCCGUGGCCAAGAUUCCUUCUUUCGGGGGGGAGGGAGGGAGAGAGGGGAGAAACUACGAUAAGCCCGGCAUUACAACGCAAUCGGUGCAUGGGAAACCCGGCCGUUGUCAAACGUAAUUGGGAUAAGGCACACGUGAUAACGACGCGACGACGGCGGAGACGAAGGCGGAUCUGUCGCCCGCAUAUAUUAUUGAUCACGAAGCGAUUACCGGAGAAUAGUAUGUAUAAAGAAGUUCACCAUCGGGAAAUCAAACACGAGUGCUCGCGAUCGGGAUUACUCCACGCGUAUCCCGAUCACUUCAGGGAGCCGUGUCUCUAAGACCUCCAAUUGGAUUCAUGAGUAUCUGAAGGUUCCUGUCCUCUGGUAGGACUUGUAUAUAGUGUACAUAGAAUCGCUUGCCUAAAAGAAAAAAAAAAAAGGAUCCCGCUGGAAGGGAACGAGCGAGCUCUACGAGGGAUUUCUACCGUCGAGCGGAGAGAAAUCAGCGGAAAUUUAUUUAAAAAUCCUCCACGAGACGCACACCUUUAGCAACGCGCAGUGACAAGGGGAAGAGAGAUCUUGAAAGAGAAAAAGUGUGACCGAACAGCAGAAAUCAUGAAGCCGGGAACAUCGGACAAUUUUCCACUUGGCGUGAAGUUACUUACCGCGGGGACCGCGGCCUGCAUCGCCGAUAUAGCCACUUUUCCUUUGGACACCGCCAAAGUCAGAAUGCAGAUUGCGGGGGAAGGCCAAGCCCUAUUACUAUCGGCGGAAGGAUCGGUCCUUGCAGUAAGAAGCCAGCCGGGAUUGUUCCAGACUAUGGCAAACAUCGUCAGAUAUGAAGGCGCAAGGAGCCUGUACGGAGGUCUAUCCGCGGGACUCCAGAGACAGAUGUGUUUCGCCAGCAUACGGUUGGGCCUCUACGACAGCGUGAAGUCACUCUACGCUGGAAUCUUCGACGGUAACAAUAAAAGCGGUACCUCGAUGAACGUCGGCGUACGUGUCGCCGCGGGAAUUACGACGGGCGCUUUGGCGGUGAUGAUCGCUCAGCCGACCGACGUCGUCAAGAUCCGCAUGCAGGCUGGAAAUAUCGGGCGAUCAACAGUGAGAUAUAGCUCCACUCUGCAAGCGUACAGGAGUAUCGCCAGUGGAGAAGGCGUGAAAGGUCUUUGGAAAGGAACCAUACCGAAUAUCUCGCGGAACGCCAUCGUAAACGUGGCGGAGAUAGUCUGUUACGAUAUCAUCAAGGAUCUCAUCCUGGCUAGCGGUUACCUUCACGACGGGAUACCGUGCCACCUGACCGCCGCGACGGCCGCGGGACUCUGCACCACCCUGGCGGCGAGUCCCGUGGACGUCAUAAAGACACGUUACAUGAACAGCCCCACCGGCGAGUACAAGGGCGCGAUCGACUGCGCCGUCAAGACCUUCGCCCAGGAAGGUUCGAGCGCGUUCUACAAGGGCUUCGUACCGAGUUUCUACCGGCUUGUAUCCUGGAACAUCGUACUGUGGGUGACAUACGAGCAGAUUAAGUUGCACAUGAAGAAGGUUUACGGCACGGAGUGAGGUCUUCAGUCUACCGAGUCCGAUUGUUCUGCCGAAACGGCGCGAAAAUCGGUAUAAUCCAUUGUAAUCUCUUUUGAGUUACCUCAUCACUACUUCUGUAGAAGAUUAACGUUUGUCUAGAUAAAACCGAGUCAAACGUAGAUGCACCGGAAAAUCGGUAUUCGUACAAUGCAACUAUAGCUGAUGCUGAUCAAUCUUCUUAUUACUGCUUCUUUUUCAUUUGUUUUUCUAAAUGUGCGCGAUGUUUAUCAAAUCACUCAAUGAUAGAUUAAGCAUUGAUCAACAAAAAUUAUUUGCAUCGAUGGAAAUAGCCAUUAGCACUAUAAGAACGAGACUAAAACUACGGUUGGCAUCUGCUUUAGUUUUCAGUUAAAUGUGCAAAUACGCGCUUACGCCAAUAGAAACCGUCAGGAUUUUUUGACAAUUUAUAAUAUAUUUAGAUUGCGUCAGCUUUAUAUAUAUAUAUAUAUAUAUAUAUAUAUAUAUAUAUAUAUAAUAAGGUGUUAAAUCAUUUCUCGAUAAGAUGGAUUAUAUACGAUGAUUUCAAAUCAUUAACGCGCCAGACAAUAAUGCGAUUGAAGUUCAUUCCGAUAUAUUUGCUUAAAUCUAAAUAGAGUCUCAUGAACUGUGAUCACAGAUUAACGAAUUUUCUUUUUAGCGUCAUUUUAAUUAACUGAUUCGUAGACAUAAGGCGCAAUUUGUUGCAUGUACAACAUAAUCUUGAUUCAGUCAAUUAACGUUAUUUAGGGCACAAUGUAUAUUGUAAGUUACUCGACAAAUUGUUCAAACUACAUUGUUAUGCAUAAUUCAGCCUACGAAAAGCAGUACUGAACAUCCUCUUUUACGAAACAAUUUUUUAUAUAGACGUAUUUGUUAUUUAUUUUGAACUACAAUCAUUGUUAACUUUUACAAGAUGACGAUGCAAUUUGACAUCCGCGCGACACAUGCGUAUCGUCGAAUUUCGAUGAACAAUAACUAUUUCUUAUCUUAUAAUGAUGUACAUAUACGAGUAUAGUGUACAAAUACUACAUGACUGAGCAAUUAAUUGGACACAAUUAUGUGUCUAUCAAGAAUUAGAUCUAUCUGUAAAAAAAAAUUGCUAUAGAUAAUAAAGAAAUGUUAUUAAAAAGUAAUACGUACAACGUCCAUAAAUUCUGCAAAUAUGAAGAUAUAUGAAAUGUCGGAUGUAAUACUUUCUCCGCCUUUAUAAUUUGAAUACUGAUAUUAACAUAAUACGUUGCCAUGUUUCAUAUUUAAAUUUAACUACUAAAAAAUUGUACUAUUACUUGAUACAGAAAAUUAUUUAUUCUAACAUUAUUCAGCAUAUUUACGGAUUCCACGCACAUUAUUGUAAAUUGACUUAUUAAUUUUUUAAGAUCAUUAAAACAGCUUAUUGACUUUCUAAAUUCUUCAUUAUCGUCUAGAUGUACGGCACGUGUCUACUAACAGUCAAAAUUUGCAAAAUUACAAUUGUCAUUACAUUGAUACAUGUAAAGAUUGAAAACUGAAUCUAGGUAAUCGCUUAGAAAAUCUUAAGACGAGACUUCAUGAAUAUUUACAGGAAAUUACCACUCGUUAACAUUUAUUUUCUAUAUUUAUAUUAUCAUUCAUUAUGAGUACAAAGUAUAGAGCGAGGUAUCGUAUUAAGGAAUGAUACAGCUCCCUUAUUUUUCGUAUUCUCUGAACCUGCUUUCUUUUAGAGAUUAUUCAAAUUUCCCAAAAAUAUACAAAGUUUUCUAGAUGUCAUUGUUUUCGAGCUAAAUAACUGUACGCGGUCAUACUAACUUAAAUAGUUGUUAAGUUGUUAAGUAGUCUCGCAUGUUAAAUCUAUAGCAAACAUAAUCUCGUUUACCACGGAAUUUAAGCAAAAUAUUGAUUUUCGAGAUAUGUACAAAUAGACUUUACAAUAUGUAAAGUGUUUUUAUAGAGAAUAGCUUUAAAUGUUUGUUAACAAUGUUUAAAUAAAUAUUGUUUUUGA